CUUGCAGGCAUGCAGAUAUUAUAAACGUGUAACAUAACCUCAUUUCCGCUGUCAAACAUCGGAUAUUUUUAUAAAACAUAAUGUAAAUAAACAUUGCUCUGUAUCGGAUGUUGAAUAAGUUUCAGCGAACAGCUUUCCGAAUAAAAAAACAUCAAAAAUGAAUAAAGAGAGACUUCUGGCUGCCAGAAAAAAACUCAAAGAAUUCCAACAGCAUAAACAUGAAAUGCUUGGAGAUACACAAAAUCAUAAUGACCUAGAAAAACACAACAAUGAUUAUAUUUCACGAAAGCAUACACCUAUAAACUCGUCACCAACUCCACAGCAAAGCCUUGCUCAGCAUUUUGAACCUGAUUUAGAAGUAAAAGAAAAUCAUUCUAAUGAGAUAAUUGGUAUGAAGAAUGUCAACCAAUAUCCUCAUUGUAUAAGUUAUGAAAGUCAGAAAAAUUAUUUUACAUUAACUAAAGAACAGGAAAAGAAAACAAAUCAAGAUAGUUUUAUAGCACACGAGUCAACCCAUAAAGAUGCAUCAGUGUCUUCAUACAAUAAUUUUGUACCUCAUCAUAGUAGAAAUGGAAGUAGCUCAACAACUUCUUCUCAAAUAAUUCAUGAAAAUAAUGAUCAAGAUAUUGUUUCUCAACAUUCAUCAACUCAACCUAUGGAACAUUUCAAUUUCAAUUCCAAUACAUGUACCAAUGCUUCUAGUUCUUUGCAAAAAGAACAUUUAUUACAAAUGGCAAAUGCAGUGGCUAAUGUUUUAGAACACGAGCAGAAUUUAGAUGAAUCCACAUUAAAUAACAGUGACCUGGAGCAAAGAAAUCAAUUUCUCACUUGCUGUCUUGAAGAACAGAAAAAGCUGGUAAGCCAGUUACAUAUUCAAGUUAGUCAAUCGAAUAAUAAAAUUGCUGAAUUAGAAGCAAAAUUGAGUACUAAAAGUGCAGACUAUGAAAGUAGGCUCAUUCAAGAACUAAAUCCCUUGAGAGAGCAAAUACAAUUAGAUGCACAAACAAUUGGUAUUCUUGUUGGAGAGAAAGCUGAAUUAACUGCUGCAAAUACCCAGUUGCAAACAACAAUUAGACAAAAAACAGAGGAUAUUACGGAAUUAUUCGGAAAUUUUAAAAGCUCACAGCAUAAAAUGGUUGAUUUAGAAAGAGAAUUGACAACUAUUAAAAACAAUAUGGAAGAUCUGUCAAAUGCUUAUCAAGAAUUACGAAAAAAAUACGAUGAAGCAUUAGAAACAUCAGCAAAUGCAAAAAAACAAAAUGAAGAACACGAAUUGGAAAUUUCCGAGAUGCGUCAAAAACUCAACUAUAAAAAUACUGAACUAACAAAUUUGCAGCAAGAAUUCCAAGAGAAAGUGGCACUGUUAUCUUUAAGCGAAUUAAGAAUACAACAGCUUUCAAAUGGCCCACAAGAAAUAAACGCACUUGAAAAUCAACACCACGCGACCAAAGUACUUCAACAACAAUUGUCGCGAAUGAAAGAAGCGUUUGAAAGUGUAAGUGGUGAAAAGGAUGAAGUAAAUAAGAAAUACCAAAGUUAUUUACAACAACUAGAUGAACGACACUCGAAACUACUAACAGAUCUUGAAAGUGCAAAAAGGAAAAUUGAAGAAUCCGAAAUUCGCGAGCAGAGUUACAUACAGAGAUUAUCUGAAUUAGAACAGCAAUUGCAAAGAGAAAAGUCCAAAACUGUGCCGCCAGUGGAAGAUCAAUCCGAAAAAAUUGCAAUUUUGACUAAAAGUAUGGAUAAUUUAGUGUUGGAGCACGAAAACUUGCAGUCGAUGUUAAAUGAAAAGGAGAAUGAAAUCGAAAAUUUGAAAAAAGAUUUGAAGGAGCUUCAAGACAUCAAAGAGCAAAGUGCCGAAGCAAGUAAACUGGCGCAAGCUCUACAAAGUGAGCAGCUUGGAGCUUCGCGUGCAGUAUCCCAGAAUCACCAAUUAAAAAUACAACUUGAUGAGAUGCACGAUGCUUUUAUAGCUUUAAGCAACACAAAAUUAGAUUUAACAGAGCAACUGCAAGCUGAGCGCACUAUUGGUAAAAAGUUGAACGCCCAGCUGAAUGAGGUGGAAAACCAAAUGGAACAAUUAAAGGAAGAGUUGUCCCAAAAAGAAGCAGCAUUACUUGAACUUGAAAAAGAAAGAUUGCUCGCAGCGCAAAUUGAGGAUCAAAUUCAGCAUUACCAAGCACAAUCUCAUAAUGCAGUUCCAUUGCAGCAGGAACUUCAAAAAGCUUUGGUAACAAUUGAAACUUUGAAGAAAGAGAAUCAGUUGCUUAUUUCAAAGUCCCAAGCCAUAGAAACGACUACUGUAACCGCAGAAAUACAUCAAGAAAAUAGAGAAACUAUGCCGGAUAUCACUGUCACUACUGGCACUAACGUGGACGAAAUUGCGGAUUCGACAACGAUAAGCAGUUUCUUUACAAAUGUAAAUGUAAGUUCUGAUUCUCUCGAAGCUGGAGCUCGAAAUCCCUCGGAAAAACUUGAAGAUGAUGCUGUAGACACUAGUAUUUCGAAAACGCAGUUUGUGAUACCAGAAGCUAGUGUUAUUCCAAGCGUGUCUGAACCAAUGAAAAAACUCGAAAUAAGAUUCAAAGAAACUAUGGAAAAAGUAGCCGAGCUCACGGAUGAAAAGCAGCGACUGGAACAUCUUGUUUUACAAUUACAAGGCGAAACAGAAACUAUAGGCGAGUAUGUAACACUUUACCAAAAGCAACGUGCAAUCCUUCAAGAAAAAGCGAAAGAAAAAGAAAAUACUUUUCGGCAAUUAUUGGAACAACGUAAUCAACAGCAAGAGCAAUUGCACAAAUUGAAAGUGCUUGUGGCAGACCUACUGAAAGCCAAAAAUACCAUUCCCAAUAUCACGACCGCUACAGCAGCUGAAGAAAAUAUGCAUACUUCGGAGAAUCCAGCAGAUAGUGAGACUAAUAAUAUUGAAAUUAUUCAAGGGCAUGUAAAUAAAAUUGACGAGGCAAUGAAUCAAACAGAUAAAACAACUUCCCAAAUUUUGGAUCUUUUGACGGAAAUUAAAGACUGCAAUAAUUCCUGUAUUAUGAAACCAAAUUUCCAUCCUUGUCCAUGUUGCUCUGGUAAACUGAUAACAGUCUAGCGGUUAUCAGAACGCAACUACUAUUUGAAUAUUUAUAAGAAAUUUGUUAUGAAGUGUAUUAUACAGAUUUUGCGUGAAAAUGCAAUGAGUAUUGUAAUAAUUGUAUAUAGGUGCAGAGACUUUCUAAAUUUGAUUAUGUAUUACAAAUUUGUUAUCUACACUAAUUCAUUUGUGCAAUGUCAUAAAUCUCUACAGUCAAGGAUAGUUAUAAUUUAAUGGCUAAAGCAUAUUUUGAGAGAAAUUUUAGUAAUAUAAUUCUAGUUAAACAUUUCUAUGUAAAGGCAUUUUUUAAUUAUUAUUUCUGAGAAAAAAAAUGUAAAACUGACUUGAUGGAUAAAACUUUAUAUGAAUUAUCAUUGUCAACAAGAUAUUGUAAUAUAUAUUUUAUUCAUCGCAAACUACGUUCUUGUUAUUUAAAACUUUUAUGAAACA